AUGAAAGGCCAACAUGCGCGAUUCAUUCGACUCUCCGCUCUGAUUGAUUUAUGUCGGUCUCGCUCUGCUUCUUCAUUUCUUCGGAUUCAUUCAAGAAACAUAUGGUCAUCAUGUCCACGCACAGCACCUGCAACGUCGACAUCUCAAAGCCUGAGGCCUUCGAGGACCAGAAAUAUUGGCAUCAUCGCCCAUAUCGAUGCAGGCAAAACGACUACCACGGAGCGCAUGCUCUAUUAUAGUGGUCAUACUCGUCGGAUAGGCGAUGUCGAUGAAGGUUCUACAGUCACCGACUUCCUUCCUGCUGAGCGGGCCCGAGGGAUCACCAUUCAAUCCGCGGCCAUCACCUUCGAAUGGCCCCCAGCUCAUGCUGCAACACCUCCAGGGGCCACCGAUAAUAUUGAAGUUCAGCCUCGCGCACGGUUCUCGCAUACCAUCAAUCUAAUCGACACGCCGGGACAUGCCGACUUCACUUUCGAAGUCCGCCGGUCCCUGCGCAUCUUGGAUGGUGCUGUUUGUAUCCUAGACGGUGUUGCUGGUGUCGAAGCCCAGACUGAGCAGGUAUGGGCCCAGGCUGGCGAGUGGAAUAUCCCGCGAAUAGCAUAUAUCAACAAGUUGGAUCGGGACGGUGCUGCUUUCGGAAGAACAGUCCGCGAAAUCGGCUCUCGCUUGGGUGGUUGGCCAGCAGUCUGUCAAAUUCCCUGGUUUGAGGGCGGAAAGGGCCGUUUCACUGGCGUUGGAGAUGUCAUCAAUCUGGAGGGAUUGUUGUACGAGAGUGGCGGAGAUGGUAAAGCGAUAGAACGUUAUACCUUCUCACGGCUAGAGCAAGAGCAGCCGGAAUUUGCACAAGAAUUGCAAAGAGCUAGGAUGGCUUUGGUGGAACUACUCAGUGAACACGACGAUCAACUCGUCGAAGCCUUUUUCGACGCCGAAGAAGACCAUCUGAACGUGGCUCCUGCUCAGAUUUGGGACAGUCUGCGAAGGUGUCUGCUCACACCGCAUAGCAUGAUUAUCCCAGUUUUUGCAGGCGCCAGCUUCCGCAAUAUCGGGGUACAGCCUCUCCUGGAUGCCGUCAACAACCUCCUACCAUCCCCAGAAGAGCGUCCGGAUCCUGAGGUUGGUCUUGGGGUGGUUUCCGGAGGGCUUUCGCAGCUGAUAAGAGGUGAUCUGUCGCUGGAAAAACAGCCCUCAAAGUCCAAGAAGAAAGGCCCCGAAUCGCUGCCGGCGGCAAUCGGCAAGGCUUUGCAAGGCUGCGCAUUAGCUUUCAAAGUGGUUAAUGAUCCACGCAAAGGUAUGCUGGUGUACAUCCGAGUCUACUCUGGAACGAUCGAGCGCAAUACCCUUCUUUUCAACACGAACCUUCAGAAUUCGGAGAGGGCAACAACUUUACUCCGGAUGUAUGCUUCCGAGUCGGUACCUGUCCAGGCACUGCAUGCUGGUGAGAUAGGUGUUAUUGCAGGCUCGAAGUUUGCUCGUACCGGUGACACGCUGAUCUCAUACGCGGGAAACAAGGCCACUCCACCAGAUCCAUUACAGAAGCUCCAACUGCGCCCUAUUAGGGUGCCGCCGCCUGUGUUUUUCGCAGCCAUUGAACCAAACAGCUUACGGGAUGAGAAGGAUAUGCACGAAAAGCUGGCGCUGCUGCUGCGGGAAGAUCCCAGUCUCCAGGUUUCGCAGGACGAAGAUACAGGCCAAACGCAGAUCAGUGGUAUGGGCGAAUUGCAUCUUGAGAUCGCCCAAGACAGACUUGUCAACGAUUUGAAAGCAAAAGCACGCAUGGGCAAGAUUGCAAUCGGUUAUCGUGAAACACUGCCACAACCUUCAGCCAUCGUCAUAAAAGUUUUGGAAGGAGAACGUGCGGCCUCGAAAGGCAAAGCGGGUUGUAUGGCUCUCGUGGAGCCUCUGGAAGGCGAACCUGCUGAACUCGUGAAUGACUCUGAAGCUAGCUUCAUUCAUGAAGAGGACGGUAACCUGGUCAUAAUCGAGACACCAACCCUCGACCAACGAGGAAGAGCACUUGACAGUGACAAAGGGAGCUUGCCACCACACCUCUUGCUUCCCGAAAUCCGAGUCGCAUAUCUCAAUGGCGCAUUGGCGGCUUUGAGCCGUGGUCCCUCAUGGGGCUACCCGAUGCGCAACACGAAAGUCACCUUGACACUUCGUCCAGAUGAGCACAUCUUUGGCACUGAAACGACUUAUGGAUCUCUGACGACCGCUGCUCGCCUGGCCACAAUCGGGGCAUUCAAGGAUGCCACCAAGAGCAACCCGUGCUCUCUGAUGGAACCUGUGAUGAACGUUGACAUCAACGUGGAUGAAGCAAGCCUAGGCACUGUCAUUCAGGACAUCUCUUCCGGUCGGGGUGGGCAUAUUGUCUCCCUUGGUGACCAUGAAGAAGAGCAUUCGCAGACAGGCUUGGAUCCCAGGAGAAUUGACGUGCAGAAGAUCUAUGCUCCGAAGGAUCCAUUUGAAUCCGGUUCAUCGUUGGCAGGAGAGGACCAUCAAAGGGUCAAUUUCCAGAGAACUGUCAAGGCCAAAGUGCCUCUGAAAGAGAUGGUUGGCUACCUCAAACAUCUCCGCAGCAUGACCGGAGGAAGAGGAACGUUUGUGAUGAGUGUUGAUCGAUUCGAGAAGAUCACGGGUCCUCGAGAGAAAGCACUUAUUGCCGAACUACAGGGCGGACUGUGA